AUCGCGACUUUCCAGUGUGCCAAAUGUAUUACAAGGCAGACGGGUAAGAAAGCUUGAACGUUUUUUUAUUAUUAUCUUUUGGUCACAACCAAUCAAUUAAGCCGGAUACUUCUACCUGAUUGGCUCUUUUGGUGAUUUAAAUCAACAACAGACAAUCGACGAGGUUGCAGUUCGGGUGUGGGUGAUAUUUCGAAUAGUACAGAAACGAUUGAAAGGUGAAUAUGAGAUUACACUCAGUCGCAUCGAGGUAACAGGAUGAUUGAGUGUACCGAACAAUAUUUUCGCGGGCUUGACCUGUGGUCCCUAUGGGUUGAUCAAGCUUACGUCAACACCAGCGUCGAUGGAUUGCGGAAUUAUUAUCUGUAUUCACUAUCCGACGAGUGUGAAAAGUGCCCCUAUACUAGAGUCCAUGCGAUAAAAAAUGAAUACGACCAGAGUAACGUAAUCGAAUUGGACGUGGCGCGUAAAUUGUACUUCAAGGUGUUUGAGCAAAAUCUCGGGAAAUAUGCCUUUGAUAAUGAAUCUUUCGUCUGUCAGUUUACUAAGGACUUGGGUGAGUUCGGCGUGUAUGAUUUGCGCAUUGAGGAGGGAGAUACAACAACUUGUGUGUUUGAAACCGCGAAGGAACCGGUGAAUAUCUACUUGCCUUUCCUGACAAUAGCUCUCAUUGCGCUGGGUCUGGUGGCUCUGAUUGUUACUGGAAUCAAACUCGCUCACCGCCUUCGUCGGAACGAACCACAAUUGUCGCCGGAUAGUCCUGAUAGCGCUCCAGGUAGCGUCACGAGAAAAACUCGUCUCCGAAGUGUGGACACUUUUCGGGGUAUUGCGAUUACGUUGAUGAUCUUCGUCAACAGCGGAGGCGGACACUAUUGGUGGAUCGAACAUGCAACUUGGAAUGGGCUGCACGUUGCUGACUUGGUCUUCCCGUGGUUUUUGUUCAUCAUGGGAGUUUGUAUUCCGAUCUCUCUGCGUUCUCAACUUAACAGAAACAUACCGCGAACCAUAAUCUUGAACACUAUCACUAUUAGAUCUAUCAAACUGUUCCUGAUUGGAUUGUGUCUAAAUUCAAUGAACGGGCCUGCGAUGUCAGAGCUUCGCAUUUUUGGUGUUCUUCAAAGAUUCGGAAUCGCGUAUUUUGUUGUGUCCGUCAUCCAUUUGUACUGUUACGAGGAUAAUGUAUAUUUUGAAAACUCUAUAUAUGCGCGGAAUGGUGACAUAUUACGGCUUUGGAAGCACUGGUUGAUCGUCGGAACAUUAGUAUUAAUUUAUCUACUGGUAAUUUUCUUAGUUCCUGCACCUGGUUGUCCGAGUGGUUACUUCGGUCCCGGUGGAAAACAUCUUAUGGGGAUAUAUCCCAACUGUACCGGUGGCAUCACCGGGUAUAUCGACCGAAUACUCCUGGGUGAUAAACAUUUAUACCAGCAUCCAACAGCCCGUUAUAUGUACGAUGCUCUGUCUUUCGAUCCAGAAGGACCGUUCGGAUGUUUUCCGACAAUAUUACAGGUGUUUCUAGGGCUGCAAUGUGGUGUACUUAUACUCACUCACACAAACGCAAUGGCUCGAAUUCGGCGACUCUUCAUUUGGGCCGUAGCUCUCGGACUGCUCGGUGGAAUUAUGUGUGGCUUCAGUAAAAACGAUGGAUGGAUUCCGGUGAACAAGAAUCUCUGGUCGGUGACUUAUGUUCUGGUGACUGGUUCAUUAGCAUUCCUCCUGCUACUUCUUUGCUUCAUUCUCAUUGAUGUUAAACGCUACUGGGGUGGUGCUCCGUUCUUGUACGCGGGAAUGAAUGCAAUUAUCUUGUACGUAGGACAUACCGUGUUCCACAGAAUGCUACCGUGGCACUGGAGCAUUGGCAGAAUGAAUACUCAUUUUAUGUUAAUGUUGGAGGCUUUGUGGAAUACGACCAUAUGGAACGUGAUUGCAUAUAUUCUGUAUAAGAAGAAAAUAUUUUAUAAUUUGUGAUUAAAGGACUGCUUUUAACAAACCUAAUCUUUAGAAAUAGAGAAGCGAUGUAUGUAUUGCAAAGAGCCUUAAUAAACAGUAUGGCAUGAG